AUGUGCGACGCACCGACAGGCGUACGGUCUGGGCGCAUGAUAUUACAGGACGGAGCUUUUUCCGACCGCCGCCCCGCCACGCUCUCAACCUUCCAGGUCAGUUCUUUUCAAGUGCCAACCGAGGACACGUAUAGCAAAGCUACGAUCGGAGUUGCCAAUGCUUGGUUCGAAUCCAUGUGGCGCACCUACAUCGGGAAGCUGUAG